AUGCCUCCUCGCCCCUCUCACGACCCAUUCACUGACGCGCCUUUACGACCAACCACCUCCAAUGCCAAUUCACUAGCAGGCAGCACGGCACUCCGCCAUCAAACCUCCCAACAUAGCCUGCGAUCCAACGCGUCAACAACUUCCUCGCGCACUCGACAGCCACGCGACCUCUUCGCCCCGGGUCUGACGCGUCGCGCCCACACACCAAGGUUCGAGGACGAGGUACUGGCCGACAGCGACUCGGGGCAGGAGCUGGGCGGUCGCAAGCAGGCACAGGCAAGACGCACGAGACAUGGGUCGCCGCAAGGCAAAGCAGGGCGAGGCAAGAGUAGGCAUGACGAAGGGCAGGAAUUUGUGAACCGGCAGCCUGAUGGCAGCUACUUGCUUGGGGUGGCGGGUUUGGGGGACACGGUAGCCGUGCCGCAGAUGAGUUUCCCUAAAACGGAGGACGAGCUGGAGCAGGAAGAAGCAGACACGCACUACGGAGCAGUAGUGCGGCAUUACUUUGCCUCGGGAGCAUCGAUCAACACCAAGGAGGACAAGAAUCGUGAAGAAGAGUACGAACAGUGUCGCCUGCCGAUCCUGAUGCGACUGCGGGAAAGGGUGGUGCAACAACUUGAAAGCGAGCACUGGAUGUACGAGGCUACUCCCACAUCCGCUCGCUCCUAA